AUGGCGUUUGACUUAGAGCAGCGGCAGACAGCAGCUCUGCAAGAAAUGCUGCAAUUAAAGAGGCCUCAGCUGUCUCUUUUUGGGGCUCGCGGAGCUGCAGAUACACCUGGAAGUACGAGAUCUCAACAUACACCUAAAAGCCCUUGGAAGGUGCUUAUCUUUGAUGAUGUCGCCAAGGAUAUACUUGCCCCUCUUAUGACAGGCGCUGUGGGGUCUGUGGUGUCUGUGGUGGAGCGACACGUAAAUUUUAUUUGUCUGUCUCCUUUUGAGUUUUCUUUGCGUCUCCCUUCGCUCUUCUCUUCUAUUUAUGCUGCUGCAGCAGAUGCAGAAGUUACUGCAGCAAUAAAUGCAGCAGCAAAUGGUCUCCUCAGCGUUAUUGCCACCCUCGGCGUUCUACCUGUUAUUAACUGCCCGUCUUCUGUCUCCUCUCCCGCUCGCAGUGUCGCGCUGAGGCUACAGGAGCUGCUGGAGGCCCUACCCCCCAAGGCGUUCGCUGAGAUGUUUGGCUCUGCUGCAACUUCCUUGUCUAAGCCCCUCUUAAUCCUUAUUGACAGAGACUUCGAUUUGCUGACGAUGCUGCAGCACACAUGGCUCUACGGGGCAUUGAUACACGACCUGUUGCAAUUAAGGUUAAAUAGAGUCACUGUAGUGACACCUGGUGAAGGCGGCAAACCCUCAACAACGAAGACCUUCGAUCUUGAGAAGAGGGACGUCUUCUGGCGCGAACACGCUUUCUCUCCUUUCCCCGUUGCUGCUGCUGCUGUCAGUCAAAUGCUGACAGAGUACAAUGCUGAGCUCGCGAAGGUGGGGCAGAGGCCUCCUGACGCCUUCGCCCAACCCGAGGGGGACUUAUCUGCUGAUAUUCUAAAGGCAGUUGACGUGCUGCCUGACUUAGCAGAUAAGAAGAGGUCUUUAGACGCGCACACAACCAUAGCGACUGCUCUUGUCUCUGCAAUUAAAGACAGAGGCCUCGAUCGAUACUUUGAGAUUGAACAGAGUCUCCCUCAGGAUAGAGAGACGGUAGUAACAAGUGCUGUGCAGCAGUGUCUGUCUCCUGACUCUGCGGGUCUUGUUGAAGACAAGCUGCGUCUCCUCGCUUGUCUUUAUCUUUCUAGGCCUUCAUAUCCUAAGCCUCUCUUUCAGUCUCUUGUCUCUCAGUUAGAGCAGCAAGGGGCAGAUGUCUCUGCUAUUCAUUUUCUUUCCCGAUUUAGCGCGUUUCGUUCGAUUGACUUGGGGCAGCAAAACCCUGUCUCCUCAGGUGUCUCCUCAGGUGUCUCUUCAGGUGUCUCCUCAGCUUCAACAGCAUUAGAAGGCAUUGGCACGAAGUUCUUAGACAAGGGCAGAGGGCUGCUGCAGGGCGUGAAGAACCUGUUGGUGCGCAAGUCUUCGCCUAUAACGCAGCUGCUGGAGAGACUGUUGGAGGGUCAAGAGGAGACAGGGAGACAGUUUAUACACCUGCGAAGGGGACAGCAGUCUUCAGGGGCCUCGAGCACAACUGUCUCCCCUGGGGGCACUGCUACUCGGGGGCCCCCUGUAAGACAAGCAAUUAUCUUUGUGGUUGGUGGGGGUUCUUAUGUGGAGGCCGCAGCAGUGCGAGAGCUUGCUGCUAAGACACAGAAACAGCUUAUUUUCGGCUCCACCGAAUUCGUCACCCCAAGCGAGUUCCUUAAAGAGUUGACGCAGCUGGGGCACGCAUAA